CGGAAUGCUGGAGAUGCUGAUCCGCACAGCUCACCCGGAGCCAGAGGCGGUGGAGCUCAGGAGAGACGAGUGCCCGGACCGGCGAGUGACACUCAUCCCACCAUGGACACGGACUCCGGGGACCUGAGCGAGGGCGAGCUGUCACCAGGGCUGCAUGAGGGUCGUUUUUUUGCGCCAUGAUCUGUAGUAAGGAGCAUGCAGCAUGAAGGACCAGAACAUUUUAGCUCCAAAAGCUUCGCAGUACAAGCUCAAAAGAAAAUUCUGAGCAAAAUGGCUACAAAGACUAUGGCAAAUAUGUUUAUUGACGACAUAAGCAGCGAGAUCUUUGAUGAGCUUUUCAAAGCAACUAAAGAACACGUGAGGAAUAAGAAAGAGGCUCACAAAAUCCUAAAGGACCUUAUCAAGGUUGCGGUAAAAGUUGGCAUUCUGUAUAGGAAUAACCAGUUCAGUCCUGAAGAACUGGAGAUCGUGGAGAAAUUCAGGAAAAAGCUCAACCAGACGGCUAUGACAGCAGUCAGUUUCUAUGAAGUGGAAUACACGUUUGAUAAAAGUGUUCUUUCUGGACUACUACACGAAUGCAAAAACCUACUUCAUGAAUUGGUACAGCGCCACUUGACGCCGAAGUCUCACGCGCGAAUCAACAGGGUCUUCAAUCACUUUGCGGAUGUUGAAUUCCUUACCGCCCUUUAUAGCCUUGAUGGAAGCUGCAGGCCGUACCUCAGAAGGAUUUGCGAAGGCGUCAAUAAAUUGCUGGAUGAAAGAGUUGUCUAAGACCUUGUCUUGUUCCUUCAGAUAAUGUUUGUUCUGAUAAUGUGCUAAGGAAUGGCUUUUUCUGGAAUGCGGAUUGCCAGUGGCCAGAUGAGAGCACAGAUGGCCGUAUCAGGAAUAUUUAUUUUGGUCUUUGGACAUGUUGUGUACUGCAUACACGGAAUGAGGCCUUCAUCCAUAACCAUUAAACUGUGUAUCCUUACAUGAACUCGAAAAGAUCCAUUCAGUAAAUCAUGAACAAUACAUUGGUGUCUGAUAAGGAAUUAGUGGGGGGGAAAAAACAUAGAAUGUCCCUUUCUUUAUUGCUAUUUGUUAGGUGUAACUGGGCCUUUUUAUUCUCAGAGAUUUACUUGUGUUUCAUACUAUGGUCUUAUUCAUGGUAUAUACACUCUUAUGUUUUGGUUGACCAUCAUUGACUAGGGACCAUGUAAAAGACUGUAAAUGUAACUGUCUAUUAAGGACUUACUAUGAAAACAACAUAAAUGGCCUGAAAAAAGAAAUUAAGCGUCAUAUACAUUUACAUUAGCAAUUCCUAACAAUAGUGACUAGAAAUACCACAACCUCAGCUGAUUCCAUAAAAAGAACAUUGUAAAAAGGCGUUUAGUCAGUGCCCCUCACAAUAUGACCUUUUUUGGGGGGGUCAAACAAUAGACAAAGCUAAAUCUUUAGAUUUGUUAACUCUAGUGUUGGCAACAAUUAUAUGUAAGGAGAGAGGGCCAAGAUCUCAAAAGUAUAGUGAUGAUCGACCAAUGCUGCCUAGUCCCAAAUUGCCAUUACUGACAUAUUAUCAAGAAUCCUACUGUAAGGAGUUACAAGUAACUCUCCAUUUCUUGAAUCACAAAGUGCUGCUGAAUAGCUCCAAAUAGUGAACAAUGGCAGAUAGAUGGAGGCUGCACCCCACUGGCCAAUGGAACCACCUGAAAUUGCUCUAGGGACAUGUUGGAAAGAGACCUUUGGCUGUAUUCAUAGUAGAUGUUGUCAUUCGAAAAAAAGUGUGGCCAGGAGCUGCCAUACACCUAUGGAGUAAAUGACAAGUCACAUGUUGUAAUAUGUUCCAUUUCCAAUUCAAUAUAAUUUUUAGAUCCACUUUAUAUCUGAUUAUAGUCUGUAGUGAAACAGAACUAUAUCAAUUCACAUAUUUUUGUAAGAUUAUGUAUCUAUAGUAUUCCCAGUACUGAUAUAUGUAUAUAUUUUGUAUAAAGUAUUUAACUUUUGUGUAGUAAGAAAUUAUAUACCUUUUAUUGUGCUUGAAAAAAAGAUUACAGACUUGUGAAUUGCAAAUGGAGCUUAUUUAUAACAAGUGAAAUCUAUUCUGUACACACAUUCAUAUAGGACUUAUAAGAGGAGUCUUCUAAUAGGUUAGGUCUUGUGCAAGAGAGCACGACACAUACAGUAUCAUAGGAAAUCUUCUAUGGAUGUGCAAAAUGCAUCACUGAUCAUCUGUAUGGAACUAAAUCUGUUCAGCGUAUGCUUCAUAUGGGCAAUGUAUGAAUACAGGGUAAUGCAUCUAUAGUGCGCCAUCUACGUGGAGGGUUCUUACGGAUCUGUUUUUUUUUUUUUUUUUCCAUACAGUGGCACAUUGUGUGCAUAUAAAGAAAACAAAAGAUCUGCA